AACAGUUUAAUUCGAAUAGCCAAAGUGCGCGCAUCUUAAGUUAACAAAGUUCUUAAGUCAUAACCAAACACAAAUAAUACAAAAAAAAAUAUUUUUUUUCUAAAAGUGUGAAGAUAAGGAACAUUUCAAUAUUGUUCGAGUGCCUAAUAAAAGAUAAUUAAAAGAUAUUUUGUACAAAUUUACUAUUAUAACUCAUCUAGACUUUGCUUUGAAAUAUUUAUCAGAAACCAACAACGGUUUGUAAUAAUAACCGAUUCUUUCAUUUUCUAAACAAGUGACAAAACUAUGGCGGGGAAAUUUGAAUAUACGCUGGGUGUCAACGAAUUGAAAUCAAAAGAUUUUCGUUUAUGGCAAUCACUCAUUGGUGAAUUCCUAGGAAAUUUAAUACUAAACUUUUUUGCCGUGGGUGCAUGUACACAAAACGAAGAUGGCACAUUUAAGGCUUUGGCAUUUGGCUUAGGAGUCUUUAUGGCAAUUACGAUUGUUGGUCAUCUUAGUGGUGGACAUGUAAACCCUGCUGUCACGAUUGGAAUGCUAGUAGCCGGUCGAAUAAGUGUUCUUCGAUCCAUCCUAUAUAUAAUAUUCCAAUGUCUUGGAGCUAUAGCCGGCACAGCAGCUAUUAAGACUCUACUCCAUGAUACCUACCAUAAUGGCUUGGGUCACACGAAUCUAGCAACCAACAUUACCGAACUCCAAGGACUUGGAAUUGAGUUCUUUUUAGGUUUAGUUUUGGUACUAACCGUAUUCGGAGCAUGUGAUUCUAAUAAACCGGAUUCUCGUUACACUGCCCCCUUGGCUAUUGGCAUGGCCGUUACAUUAGGACAUUUGGGUACAAUUAAUUAUACUGGAUCUAGCAUGAAUCCUGCACGCACAAUGGGUACAGCAUUCGCCUCAAACAACUGGGAUGCACAUUGGGUUUACUGGGCAGGUCCCAUUCUUGGAGGAGUGGCUGCGGCUUUAAUUUACACACAAAUUUUGGAGAAACCAGCCGAGGCCAAGGUUAGUGAAGCAUCGGAAAAAUACCGGACUCAAGCUGAUGAACGUGAGAUGAGAAAAUUGGAAAGUGGACAUGACUAUGCUUAAAUCCAGUGUACACUCCCUAAACUGAAUAUUACAUUAUUCUGCCUGAUAUCAUCAAAUGUGUGACAAAGAUAUCUCCCCGAAGUAAAGGAUGUAUUUGCGUACAACGAAUGAUGUAUGAUCAACAAUUGUUUUAAUUAUUUUUUAAGAUCAUGAAUUUAAAUAUGAAUUUAAAUACAUAGUUAUUGCAGAGAUCACAUUUGUUUAUAACAGUUAAAUUCAAUUUCAUUAUAAUCAUUAAGCAAACUCUGUUAAAAAUUGUUAUUUGGAAUAAGUUUAUAAAUUAAAAUGUAUUGAAACAUAUUUUACUAAUUUAUAACACUUCCAUACAAAAAUAUGUACACAACAUAAUAACUGCAUAAGGAAUAUUAUUCAAAUAUUUUCUGCUAUGCUUAAUGCUGUACAUAUUUUUUUUAUUGUAUACAAAACAAAUUAAUAAAUAAAUAAUGAAAGAUAAA